AUGACUUGGACCCCCUAUCCUGCGGCGACAAAGCAAGGGAGGGCGCCUGCAUCAUUGCAAAUGGUUAUGGGUUGGGUGUUUCUCCUGCCCAAGCCCAAAAUCAAGCACAAGCACAAUCACAAGCACGAGCCUCUAAUAUCGCCGGAUCACACACCCGUUCCGCUCUGUCGGGUACCUGAAGCCGGAGCGUCGGUCCCCAAAAGUGUGCAACCAUGGGUACGCGCCAAAGGCUAA